AUGGACGUGGACGCGCUGACGGACGAUCUCGCGCGCGCGAUGGGCGCCGCGCGCGCGUCGACGGCGGGCGGGAACGAUGGAACGUCGCGGGCGGCGCGCUGCGUGCGCGGGGUGGCGGGAUGCCUGACGAGGAAGAUGAGCGUCGGCGAGGCGGUGCGCGCGUGCGCGGCGCCGGCGGCGAAGGUGUUGGCGCACCGAGCGCUGCGAGACGUCGGACGACGGGUCGAUGAGGCGACGUUGAGGGAUAUCGAGAGGUUGUGCGAGGGGACGAUCGCGUGGGCGUGCGAGGAGGGACGAGCGGUGACGAUCUCGGAGGUGUUGCACGAGCUCGAGUUGCGGCUGAGCGACUUUGAGGCGAGCCUCGCGGCGGGAUGGAGAGGGAUCGAGUUCAGCGCGAGUAAUCCCGAGAGUCCGGCGCACGCAGACGUGGAUGAUCGGCGCAUGGAUGUGUUUCAUAGCGUCGCCGCGACGAAGAAUAGGGCGUCUGAACGCGGGCGCGUGAUCGACGAGUGGCGCGACGAGUUGUUGGAAAAGCUCGAGCCCGAGGAAAACUUGAAGAGCAUAAUCAAACCGAGGCUUUUGCUGCGCGCGUACGAGUUACUGAGCGAUCGUAAGGUGGUGAACGACGACGCGGUCGAAGACAUGGUGAAUAAACGAUUCGAUAAAUGGACGGAGAUGUGGCGUUUGCACGUGCAGCAUCAGCGACGAGAAACCGGUUCCGCGCCGGACCACGAAGGAUUUAAAGACUAUUUGUACUCGUUCUUGGGAACAAAGCUCCCUGCGUUCGCGAACGGCGUUCACAAGAGCUCAUUCAAGGUUCAACUCGUGCGCGAGACAGAGACAGAGAAGUUGGCGAAAGCGACCGCGGAACUCGAGCGCUCCGCGCGACCACCGAGCGACGUGACGAAGCUCAAGCACACGCUUGAACACGCAAUUCAAGCCCUUCGCGCGGCUGAAACGUCCAACGACGUGUGCGCUCUUCUCACGACGCGAUGGAUGCGAGAAGCACUCGUCGAUGCGCCGACUUUUUCUCAACCAGCUAAAAAGUCCUCCAAAAACGUCGACAGCGGCGGUCAAAUGAUGAAGGAUUGGCAGAGAGAGGAGGGAUUCGUGCUACGAUUUUCCAACCGGCACGGUGGAGCGUCGAGUGGAAAUGCAGCUGGGUUUAAGAAUAUUUCCGACGACGCGUGGAAGGAGUCCUACGUAUCCACGGGACCGUUUCGCGUGCACUUUAUGCGCGCGUGCGCCGAAAUCGAAGCCGCGCUUCAAGACUGCUCGACGUGCAACUUGCACAACGUAUCCGCGGAUGAAAAGCGUGAGGCGUGCGUGAAAGGGGCCGCGCGUGUCAUGUUUGUCGCAUCUCGAACGAUGCGCAGUGGCGAUGGGCUGGAUUUCGUUCACAACUUGUUCGGCCCGCCGCCCGAGUUUAGCGUCUCUCUCGUGGAUCCGGGAAAGACGAAGAAGAUUGUUGCCGAAAAUUCAUCGAUCGGCACGCCGAUCGUCGUCGAAGUCACGAGUGAUAUCGUCACCAUUCGGUGCGUCGACGUGUUCGUCAUCGUCAAACACUGCUUCGCCGACGAAACGAACGCAUCGAACGCUCGUUCCGCGCGACGGGCGACCGAGGCGUCGGAUUCUUUACGACCGUGGGCGUGCGUCGCCCUCGAGACGACGCAAUCCCUUCGCACCGCCUCCGACGGCUCCCUCAAGCUCGUCAAGCAGCGCAUCGCCGUGGACAAAAACAUUCCUCAGCCCGUGCUGGACGCCUUCCUCGCCGCGGCGGUGGCGAUGCUUCGAGGGAUGAAUCGACGCGCUGGGAAGGGGGCGAACGGCGGCGGAGGAGAGGCGAACGCGAGCGCGAAUGAGCGAGGGAAGAGAACGAAGACGGAGACGAAGAAGAAACCGCCGCGGAGAAAGUUGGUUCGGUCGGAAAGUUUCAAGUACUUGAACGAGGCGGGCGAGCUGGAAGCGGUGGAGGGCGCGCCGAAUGGGCGCGAUGGCGGUAAAAACGAUGGUGGCGGCGCCGGUCUCGCGGGUGCGAAUGGAAACGGUUACAAGACGACGGCGAGCGGCGCGAAGCGAGGCAGAGGCGAACAGCCGCUGCCGUCGACGAGUGGUGGUGGCGCGGGAUCAAAGACGAAGAAGCAAACGUUACGUGCGAAGUCAGAGACCAGGCGCGUAUCGCUUGAUCCGCGCGGUCGAGCGAAAAACAAGCCGUUUGAAAACAACACGCUGUACCAGCCUGGAAACGUCAUCGUGGGUUUACAUCUCAACACGCGCGGAGGUAAGGAAUGGUACACGAACAAGCAAUUGGUUGGAUCGUGCAAGCCGGGCUCGUUGUUAGAAAUAUCAUCAAAGUCCUUGACGGCGCCGACAAAGGCGGCGAUUUCUAGCGCGUUGCGCGACGAAGCCAACGGAGAGAAAGUCGAGAAAUUUGUUCGCGUCAAGGUCAUGUCGCAUUACUUAGACGUGAGUGGCUGGACGCUCACGACGGUGCAAGUAGUGCCGCUACGCUGGAAUAGACAUGGGCCGAAGCACAUACUUCCGUUGUGCGCUGCCGCCGGCGUGGAGCUCGUUUUCAACUUGACCGAAGAGGCGGCGUACGGAUGCUUGCGCGUUUUCAGGUUUCCAAUAGGCUCAAAUGGUCAUCUCAGCGAGCUGCGCAAGAGCACGAAGGGUGCGACGUCACCGUCUACGCUCGAUUCGGAGCGCGUUGUGCGACCGAGCACACCGCCGAGAAUGCGAACACCAUCGCCGAAGAAGCGAAAGAACCGGGCUCACGGUGGAUCCUCGGAUCGAACGAGCGAUCCGUCGAACGCCGCCGCCGCCGCCGCCGCCGCUGAGGCUCUGGAAGCGCAAGAGGAAGACGAAGACGAGGAAGACGCUGAAGAAGACGGAGACGGAGACGGAGACGAAGACGAGGAAGACGCUGAAGAAGACGGAGACGGAGACGGAGACGAAGACGAAGACGAAGACGAAGAGUUGGGCGAAGCGUUCAUCCCAGAAAAUGGAUUGCACAGCGAACUUCCAUCCAGUUUGCCCGUCAUCAAGCCCGUUUUGGGCACGCCAUUCUGGGAUCAACCGCGCAACGCAACGAACGCAGAAGUCGAGUUGGGUGCGCCAGUGCUUACGAUCGGUGAAAUCGGUGGCAUCGAACAGCGUCACAUUGAGACCCCGCGCAAACGGACAGUCGACUCGCCGCUCUUCGACAACGGCCGAGCGCAACUGCGAGAGUUUUACGACCGAUUUCACGAACGCGCCACCAUUGACGCUGCGCGACCGUACAGAGAACACGUGGUGACGACCGACACAUACGUCCCUAGCGGAUCGCCCUUGACGAUGUCACUGCCGCAAUCGCAGGUUCACAACAUGCCGCCUGUAGCCGCGCAGCGCUUCGUCAGUCCCACCGUGUACUACCUCCCGGUCCCGAUUUCUCCGCACGGAGCGUCGGGAACCAUCACUGAAACCAUCGUUGGGGGCAUGCGCUUACGCAUCACUCAGGAACCGAUCGAAGGAUGGGCGCGGCACGACGUAGUCGCCGAGACGGCGAACAAUCCCCAUCCGCAGCUUCGCACGGAAUCGGAUGCCUUCUCCGAUGUUCACCGCGAGCGUCAGCGUGUCAACGCCAAGCGUGGAGUCCCGAAAGCACGCGCGAAGCAAAUGCGCGUUCAAGAUGAUGAUGACAACCUUCUCGCCGCCAACCUACUCAUGCUCAAGACAUCCGUCGCCGGACAAAAGCGCAAGCCGCCGACGCCGAGCAAACCGAGCGCCAAGCGAGCGAAAUCGCAAAAAGUCGACUCUGCGCGGAAAUCGAGAUGA